ACUCGUUUUCGUUAUGCCCCGCGUUGUUCCUGACGAGUGACGAAGGUGGCGCGAGGGUGGCUGUUUGGGAACUUCAGGCAACUUUUCUUAACGUUCACAAGAAGGACAGAGAGAACAGUUUCUUUCUGGUAUGAAUACACACCAAUACCGACGCUGAACCAAACUCCAAGCCCAACACAAAGGCUUUAGCAUUGAAUUUUUGGCAAUUGGCAAUGGAGAUGCGAAUGUAGUUCCUCAAAAUGUCUGAGGCUGAAUGCAUUGCAGUACUUAGUGGAUAUUGCAAACAAACAGUAAUAGCGACAGCAAACAAAGAAUAACACGACGAUGGAUGCACGUAGACGUGACAGGGAACAAAUCGGAUUGUGUGGCGUUGAUAGACUUUGGGGCAAAUCACCGACGCGAAUCGAGGAUUCUGACGACGAUGAAGAACUCAAUAAGUACAAAGAUAACAGCAUGCCAAGAGAUAGGAAACGAAAACAAGAGAUGAAAAGGAAGAAAAGUAAGAAAUUGAAGAAGGAGAAGAAAGCCAAGAAAGAAAAAAAGAAGAAACGCAAAAAGAAAAAGAAGAAGUCAGACAGUAGUUCUGAGAGUGAAACUGAAGAAUUUGUGUGGGUAGAAAAGAAUGGAGUUAAUGACAAGGCUAAAGUUAAGAAGGGUUCGAGUUCUGGUGAAAGUGGUGACGAAGGCAUAGUGGGUCCAGUUCAGAAACCACACGUGACGUUAUCUGCUAAAGACUUCGGCAAAGCUCUUUUACCGGGUGAAGGUGCUGCUAUGGCUGCAUAUGUUGCAGAAGGAAAACGUAUACCCAGGAGAGGUGAAAUUGGUUUGACUUCAGAAGAAAUUGCUUCCUACGAAUCUGUUGGCUACGUUAUGAGUGGUAGCAGACAUCGGCGAAUGGAAGCUGUCCGUAUACGUAAGGAGAACCAGAUUUAUUCUGCCGACGAGAAACGCGCUUUGGCUAUGUUUAGCAAAGAAGAAAGGCAAAAGAGAGAAAAUCUUAUUUUGGGGCAAUUCAGAGAAAUGGUUAAUCAGAAGCUGGCUCAAGAACAGAAAAAUAAGUGAUAACUACUUUCUAAAACAGGAUUAUUUGAAUUAAUGUAUAUAAUAAUGUUGAGUAGAAAAUAUGAAGUACAUGUGUAUAUAUAUAUAUUAACAACAAUUGAUUGUACAUCUAUCAUAUGCUACAUUCAUUCCUGAAGAGGAAAAGAUUGAGUAAUUGUCAUUUCAUCUAAUUAACGACACUUUAUUGACAAAUAUACCCGACAUACAUAAAAAGAAA